CACAGCAGUGGCCAGAUGGAGCUCUGUUUUGAAGCGGCGGAAAGCUGCACUCAGUUUAUCAGACUCGGUCAGGGCAACAACGGGUCAACAACCCUCUGCGUUCUGCCUGUGAGAGCAGGUCCUCGGAGUAAGGGCUCUCUAUGCCGCUAAAGGUCAGGAGGAGCCUGCAGCCUCUUCAGGGAGGUGUCCUGUCUGCAUCUGGGACCUGCAGAUGCACAUGGGCUACAAUUUCACUGGUCAUACCAGCAGUAAGCGGGGCAGAAUGAGGAGCUACACCGCUCUGAGGAGGAUGUGAGGCCUUGCCUACUGUAUAGACCUCCCACUGCUGUCGGUGAUCGGGUAUUGGACACAGAGGGAAUGGGCCCAGCUUCACUGCAGGACCAGAGGGAACUGGCAAGAGACUCCAAGGUGGAGAUGGAGAGUUACCGCUGCCUUCUGCAGGCCAGCUCCCAGCUAGAGAGCACUCUACAGGAGGUGAGCGUCCCUGUGAGCUUGAAGGAGGUGGGAGGGUAUAUAGAGAGACAGGUGGCGUACUUAUCAGGGGGCCGUGGGGAAGACUCCAGCGUUAUCAUCACACUUCCAGAGUGUUCUGCAUUCAGUGACAUUCCAGAAGAAGCUUUAACCAAAGUCUUUACAUACCUCACUCUCAUCCCUCGAACGAGGCAACCUGGAGUCAAAUUUAUCAUCAUUUUAGAUCGAAGGCUGGAUACCUGGGCGUCCAUCAAGACUGCUCUUGCCAGAAUAGCAGCCUCUUUUCCUGGAAACCUUCACCUGGUCUUGGUGCUCCGACCCACCAGCUUUUUCCACCGCACCGUCACAGACAUCGGCUUUCGCUUCAGCCAAGAUGACUUCAUGCUAAAGAUGCCAGUGGUGAUGCUGAGCUCUGUCACAGACCUGCUGCGCUACAUUGAUGAGAACCAGCUGACGUCAGAGUUUGGAGGCACUUUGGACUACUGUCACAGCGACUGGAUCCUUUUAAGAACUGCGAUUGAGAGCUUCGCUGUUACAGUCAAAGACAUCGCACAGAUGCUGCAGAGCUUUGGCACUGAGCUGGCGGAGACGGAGUUGCCCGAUGAGGGGAAAAUCAUUGAGAACCUUCUUGAGACUCACACAGAGAAGUACAGAAAGCUCAAAGAGGCCAUCAGGUCGGUUUCAAAGGAGGGCCGCAAUCUUCUCUCCAGCUUGGAGACCACAGGGAAGCAAGAUGACGCUCAGUGGGACAUCAAGCUGGACUGGGAGACAGUAGAGAGGCUCCUCGCCCAGCUCAGGGACAUGGAGUCUGCCUUUGACGGCUUCUUUGAAAAGCAUCACCUGAAACUCCAUCAGUACCUUCAGCUGCUCAGAUAUGAACAAAGCUUUUUUGAGAUGGAUUUGUGUCUGGAGCACCUCAUGAAUCAGGAGAAGGAGUUUUCUACAAAGGUGAGCACUUUGGCCCAGACAGAGCAGGCUCUCAAACGGAUGGACAGUCUGGAAUCUAGUGCACAGGAGGUGAUGUCUAGAGCCCAGAUCAUCAUCCUCCACGGACACCAGCUGUCAGCAGGUCACCACUAUGCCAUGGCUCUCAUCAUGCAGCGCUGCAACGAGCUGCGUCACGGCUGCGACACGCUCUCCGCUGCUCUCCAGAGCAAACACUCUCUUCUCCUGCAAACACACCAGCUGCUGCUGUGUCUCGGACAGGUUCAAACAUGGUGUGAUGAAGGGGCCUACAUGCUGGCCAAUCAGCUCGUAGAUAAGUCCCAGACCAAGGAGGGAGCACAGGCAGCUUUACGAGACAUCGAGAGGUUUCUUGAAGAGGCGCCGCCUAAUUUAAGCUCUGGUCCUGACAUCCUGACCAUUGAGUAUGAGGCUGUCCUAACACCUCAGCUUCAGGCUCAGAUUAGCAGGACGUUUGAGAAGCAUGCUGCAGUGCAGCAGAUGAUUCAGAACCGGCAGGCUUGUCUGAGGAAGCUGGCAGAUAAACACGUGAGACCAAUCCAGCUGGUGGCUCCCAGAGCUGAAAACCCACCGCGUUCUAAAUCCCCACUCUUCUCGCCAAAGCAUGGUGACGGUUUGAAGUUCACGUUCGACAUUUCUCUUCCUGGAAAGAGAUCUUCUCGAAAGAGUCCCAACCCCAGAAAAAUAGAGGUCAUUCACGACUUCCAGGAGAGCCGCAGCUGCGUGGCGUACAGCCUGGAUGGAGACGACAGUCCAGACCUUUUGAAGCGUCAUGUCAUGAGGGAGCUGAUAGAGACUGAAAGGAUCUAUGUGGAGGAGCUGCUGGCAGUGCUGCUGGGUUACAGAGCUGAAAUGGACAACCCCACACUGUCAGGGCUCCUCCCUCCAAUACUGCACAGCAAGAGAGAUGUGCUCUUUGGAAACAUGCCAGAGAUCUACAAUUUUCACAGCAGGGUUUUCCUUCAGGACCUGGAAGGAUGCCUGGAGGCUCCUGAACGUGUGGGAGCGUGUUUUCUCCAACGGAAAGAAAGCUUCCAGAUGUAUGAAUGUUACUGUCAAAACAAACCUCGAUCUGAGUCACUCUGGAGACAGUUCUCAGACUGCAGCUUCUUCCAGGAGUGCCAAAAAAAGCUAGAGCACAAAUUGGGCCUGGACUCUUACCUGCUGAAACCCAUCCAACGCCUCACCAAAUACCAGCUGCUGAUCAAGGAGCUGCUCAAGUACAGUUCAGACUGCGAAGGCACCUCUGAGCUGCAGGGGGCGCUGACGGCCAUGCUGGACCUGCUCAAAUCAGUCAAUGACUCCAUGCAUCAGAUUUCCAUCACAGGAUACGAGGGGGACAUCUGUGAGCUGGGCCGGGUGCUGAUGCAGGGCUCUUUCAGCGUGUGGAUCAGCCAUAAGAGAGGUCCCACACGCAUGAAAGAGUUGGCUCGCUUCAAACCUAUGCAGAGACACCUCUUCUUGUAUGAGAGAGCUCUCCUGCUGUGCAAACGAAGGGAGGAGCAUGGAGACGGCGUCGACAAGACCCCUUCAUACAGCUUCAAGCACUGUCUGAAGAUGAGUGCUGUGGGGAUCACAGAGAACAUCAAGGGAGAUGUCAAGAAGUUUGAGAUCUGGUACAGCGGCAGGGAGGAGGUUUAUGUGGUUCAGGCUCCUUCAGUGGAGGUGAAGAUGGCCUGGCUCAAUGAGCUCCGCAGAAUCCUGACCCACCAGCAGAAGCUGCUCAGAGAUGAAGCAUAUCAACAUGGCCAAGUGGUUGAACACAUCUCGCUGUCUCCUCAUCUCAAUGAGAGCAGCAAGCAGCAGAGAAUAUCAGUGAGCUCAGAAGAGACUGAAUCCGGGAAGAGCAGUCCAGACCCACAACCACACACCCCCAAACACCAGCACAACCGCAGGAGCUGGCCCGGAGCUCACCACUCCGUAGACAUCUGCGAGGAUCUGGAGGAUUGGUCUGGAGGUCAGGACGUCUUUCGACUGACUGAGGACACCCCUUUGGUGCAACUGUCUCCAGGCAGAUACCGGGCCUUGGCUGAUUGUCCUCAAAACGGACCUGACAGCAUCAUCAUCCAAAGUGGAGACAUGAUCCAGCUACAAUGUGAGGACAGCAGGGGGCGCUGGCUUGUGAGGAAUUUGAGUCAGCAGCAGGAGGGCUUCAUAGUGGCUGCCGACCUGCAGCCGGUUAUUGGAGGCAGCAGCCGAGAUCCUUCCAUGCUUGGAGAACUAGGGCACCUUAAGGUGAGGAAGCUGAGUUCCCCAUAGAGAUGAAGUCAUGGAACCUGUGUGUGGAUGAUGAACAGUCUGAAGGACUAGACUGACUCAUGGCUGAAGGAGCACACCCCCACACACCUCUGGGUCUCCUCAGCCCUCGGCUCUUCCCGUGUUCUGCUGGUGAAGGAGCGUGGCGUGUCGGACAAUUAGACUGAACGACUGGCAGUCUCUCACUCUGAAGCUCCGCUGGGCCAACUCACUAACUGUUGCGGUGAAAACCCAGGAUUUGCCUGAAACAUUUCUUAAGAAGAGACUGUUGUACAUAUGGUGUCAUUUUUACACUGAAUGAAUCACAUUUCAGUUCUUUGUAUUUAUUGAUUCUUUUGCAUUAUCCAUUUUUUCCUGUACAGGUUGAGAGUUGAAAUGCCAAAAUGUGCCAUGCCAUAAUGCCUUUUUAUCCCUGCUCUUUUAGGGUCUCUUGUAUGUCGAUAAAAUCAAAUGUUUGCUUUCAAUUGACCAGGAGGACAUUCAGGAGGCUCAUUGUUAGCUAGAAAUCCACAGGCUGUCUGAAUGUGUUCUCUGCAAUCUCUGCCGUGUUGGAGUGAGGAAACGCGCCGGAGGCAGCUGACAUGGAACCGGCGGUGAUGUAAGACACAUAGGAACAUGACAGAGAUUGAAGAGCUUCUCCGAGUGUGCCGGGGACAAACGAAGGUUGCUUCAUGUUCCAUGAGGACGGUCUCAGAGCUUUCUGUCAGCACAGACUGGAAGAAGCGCGAGGAGGAAGCUGCGUUUCCUCCGUCACCACCCAAACACGUCAGCUCCUCCUCAAGAUUAGGAUCUUCAUUAAAAAAGGAUCAUACAACCAACAUGAAAAAUACAGAACACUUUGUUAAAUAUUGAUCGUAGACUUAUAUGAUUUACCAGAUCAAAUCGAGGCCCCUGUAGGAGGGCCUCCUUUGAUUUCUGCUCUUUGAUGUGGAAAUGAGUCCAGAAAGCAGCAGGGGCCGCUGUGCACCACUUUAACUGCUCAAUUAUUUACUUAGCUCCCCUGUUGUUUCUUCAUUUCAUGGGACUUCUUCAAUAUUUACAUCUCCACAUAUUUACAAACUCACUGUCAUAAUGUUUUCUUUUCGGCUCACGUCCUCUCCGUCAAAUGUUGUCAAGUCAAUCCAAAAUGCUGCAGAUUUUGCACAGACUUUUCCCAGUGGUGGAAAUCGAACAAACCAUAUAAAUAUGAAACUUCGGCGAUCUUUCUGAGCCAAGUAGCUUGAGCUUGCUGCUAAACUUUUCCUCAUCAGGAAAUGCAUGCCGGCUGAAUUAUGAGCUGGUUCUUGUAAGACGGUUGCCUGCUCUGCUCCGUUUCUAAAGCUUUAAGAUGCAUCUGACAAAAGCAAUUUUUUUUUUGUUCUUCUUUUAUUGUGCAGCUCCAAAAGUUAAACAUAUUAGGCUACAAUCUGAGGCUGUUUUUAGUGUCGAGCCCAUUUUCUUUGUCUUAGAGGAAAGUAAGUUUUAGACUAUAAACUAUGCAAGAAAUCUUUGGGUUCUCAACAUUACCCCAAUUACAAAUAAAAAAAUUGCUUUCCUGGAGUUUGAAGUGACUGGUCUUGCAGUGAAUGUAUUUUAUUAGUCAGGGCUGUUAUCUGUUUUACAUGAGCACCAAUGGGAAAAUAUUAGAAAAGAAAUGCUUUUUUGAAUGAAAGUUCUAAUUAAAGUUUAAAAUCAUGUUAUUCUAAAUCUGUGGAAGAUUAAAUUUUACGUGAAGUUCUUUUCAAUUGGACUUCUGAUCUAUUUUAUUAGAUUGCUGAGCUUCUGCUAGAACGGCAUAACUGCAUGUAUAAUUACUAUAAAUAUGAGAAAUAUUCAGUUUUUUAACUAAAACAUGAUCGUUUAUAAAUAUUUGAUUAUUGUCUUCCACAUAAAAUGCCGGCCUUUGUUUGAUUCAAUUGUAUAUUCUUAUGAAGCCCUUUUCUUUCUUGAAGGCCCAAUGUGCUUUACAGUCACAAUCCCAUUCACACACCAACUUGUAGCCACCAGGGACAAUGUAGGAUUCACUGCCUUGGCCAAGUGAGACAUAAGCAAGUAAUACAGGACCUGAACCUGGACCUAAGAAGAGGUCAACCACACUAUCUGCAUCACAGCCUCCCCAGUCUCCCAGUUGAGUGGUGCUGGUGAGCUGGAACUUGAACCUCGUGCAGCAUUCUCCAACACAGGAAGUGCUUGCAGGACUCUCUCUCAACAAAAUAAAAGUAAAUGGCUCAAUGCAGAAAGGUCGCUCUGUUGUUGAGAAGUUAGUUUUCUUUGAGGUGGAGCAUGGUGAUGUCAUGGCUGCAGAAAUUCAGUGUGGGUGCAAGACCUAAUUAUCCUUCUAUGUGCUCUCCUUAAAACUACUUUCAUGCUCACCUGAAAGCCCUGAAUGUGAUAUAAAAAAAUGCAAACAAUAAAUUGUUCCCUCAAAUGGAUAA